UUAAAAAUUAUUGAACUCUACUUUCUCACCCAAGAUGACCAAUAGUUCAUUAUUCUGUCCAGUUUACAGAGAUCUGGAGCCAUUUACGUAUUUCUUUUAUUUAGUUUUCCUCAUUGGAAUUAUUGGAAGUUGUUUUGCAAUGUGGGCUUUUACACAGAAAACCACACAUCACAGGUGUGUGAGCAUAUACUUAAUCAAUUUGCUGAUGGCUGAUUUCCUGCUCACUCUGGCAUUACCGGUAAAAAUUGCUGUUGACCUGGGUGUGGCACCUUGGAAGCUAAAGAUAUUCCACUGCCAAGUGACAGCCUGCUUCAUCUACAUCAAUAUGUACCUGUCUAUCAUCUUCUUAGCUUUUGUCAGCCUUGAUCGCUGUCUUCAGUUAGUUCACAGCUGCAAGGUAUACCGGAUACAAGAACCCGGAUUUGCCAAAAUGAUAUCAACUGUGGUGUGGCUCAUGGUCCUUCUUAUAAUGGUGCCCAACAUGGUGAUUCCUAUCCAGGAUGUCCAAGAGAAGUCAAAUGUAGGUUGCAUGGAAUUUAAAAAGAAGUUUGGAAGAAAUUGGCACUUGCUAACCAAUUUUGUAUGUGUGGCAAUAUUUCUGAAUUUCUCAGCCAUCAUUCUAAUAUCCAACUUCCUUGUAAUUAGACAACUCUAUAGAAACAGAGACAAUGCAAAUUAUGCAAAUGUGAAGACAGCUCUAAUCAACAUUCUCUUGGUGACAGCUGGUUACAUCAUAUGCUUUGUUCCUUACCACGCUAUCCGGAUCCCAUACACCCUCAGCCAGACAGAGGUCAUAUCUGAUUGCUCAACUAGGAUCUCACUCUUCAAAGCCAAAGAGGCCACACUGCUCCUGGCUGUAUCCAAUUUGUGUUUUGAUCCAAUCCUAUACUAUCAUCUAUCAAAAGCAUUCAGACUGAAGGUCACAGAGACCUUUGCCUCACCUAAAAAGAUCAAGGGUCAGAAAGAAAAAUCGAAAUGUGAAACUGAUGUGUAAAAUAAAGGGUUUUGCAUGUUAGACCUUCUUCCCAACUGGGCCAUAGAGCUGGUCAUCAUUUUCAAAGGUAAAAGAUGAUGCUAAGAUAAAAAGAAGAUGCUUGGUAAUAAAAGCAGCUGACAGCUGGCAAACAUGGACUGGCUCAUGUGGGAAGUCCUGCGCACUCAUAGUUACUGAUAUUCGUUACCGCAAAUAUCUGUAGAGGAAAAUUAACAGAGCAUGUUGAACCCAAGUCAACUGGAAUGAUCAAAAAGAGAAGAGCCAUGGCAAAGACCUGGAAACUUAUUUCAACGCCUUGAACUGAUUUCUUGAUUAAAAAAAAAAAAAAAAAAAGUCAAAUAAUCUGCAUCUAUACAUCUAAGUUGCCAGGAAGCCCUUC